AUGAACCCUAAAGACUCAGCCUUAGACGUAUCUCAAAAACUCAAAGAGGGAAUCGCCAAACCAAUUGAGACUCUUCGAGACCCCAACGUAUCAUACGAUGAUGCCUCCGAAGCACUGGGAGCUAUUCGAAAUAGCAUUGCCAAAGCCAAUGCUCAAUUCCCGGCUGCAGGUGUCAAACAUGAUUUGUCCCAACUGACCAAACAAGUUGGUUUACCAUUGGAAAAUAAGAAUGACGAUGAUUUGAAUAAAGUCGGUGGGGUGUUGGCGGACGUUAUUAGAGAUAUUGUUGAGGCUGUCAUGAAUAUAAAGGAAGAAUUGAAGAAGAUGCCUUUAAUCGGCUCACUCAUCCUUGAGAUCGAUACUGGCUUGAACACCUUGUUGGUCGGACUUCAACUUGUCCUUGCUGGAGUGGUUGAAGUUCUUAGAGGACUCUUGUCGGGCGUAUCUGGGUUAUUGAAGAACUUAGGUAAUGGUCUGACAUUUGGUCUCAUCUUCGGUAAAUAA